AUGACUCAAGUGAGCAAUAUUUUUACAAGUUUCGACAGCAUAGUUUUCAACAAUGCAAGAAACCACCCAUACAGAGCCCCACAUGCAUCAUUUUACCGUGCAACGCUAUCAUGGGCAAUCAGCGGUGCUGAUGUGAAGCCAGGAGAUACAUUUGUAUUGAACAUGCCCAACGUGUACAAGUUUGUAACCAAUCAAGCGGGAGUGGACUUGGCCGUUGGAGGUAUCAGUUAUGCAAAAUGUACUUUGGUGUCCGGAGAAUGGUUGGUUUCGUACUCGCAAAUGCAAUGUGUGGUAACCUCUAACGUUAAAGAAAAUACUUUUGUUGAAGGUCAAAUCGACUUGCCUAUUUCCUUUAAUAUUGGCUCUACUUCUGAACCCGCAGACCUCCAGAGGGCAAAGGUUUUCAAAGCUGGUGACAAUGAACUUGUUUGGAGUGAUGGUGGAAGACCGCUCAUUCAAACUGUGAAUUUCGAAGCAGGUAACAACUAUAUCCCUAUCGGCGCUUCCAACGAUAAAAUUUUGAUAUAUGGUCAAUAUAGUGCACAGCUACAGGAGUUUGACGUGAGGGUGGUAGCUGGAGUAUGUCCAAACGGGUAUGCUAGUGGUACACUAGGAGUGUCUAAUGUUAAUACCCCAAUCGACUGUAACAAAAUUCGCACAGCAUUAGCCGAACAAUUCAAUGAUUGGUACAUACCAACCAGUGUUGAACCAUUUGAUUUUAAAAUAAGUUGUUCGUCUUCGUCGCUUGUAAUAUCUUACACCAAUGUUCCCUCUAAAUAUAGACCGAUGUUUGAUUUGAGGGUUCACCUCGAAUCGGAUGAAACAAUAAUUGGUUCCUGGAGAAACUCAUACCAAUGUCUUGGCGGUGGCACCUAUGAGAACUCCUAUAGGGUUGGAUGGACACCCGGUACGACCGAAAAUAUCGAUAUUAACAAUGGGUAUGUGGUUGAAGUGAUCACCAGUACCCACACGGAUUCAACAACAUUAAUAACUACGCAAAAUUUUGUUACUGGUGAAGAUAAAACAAAAACGGUAGUAGUAAAUGUCCCAGUUCCCACUGAGACUUUUAGAAAACCAUAUUGUGGUGCGCAAGUAUAUUAUAAAACAUAUACUGCCAUCCCAGGAGAAACAGCUUCCAUCAUAGAAUUACAACCGGAUCGCGACCUAUGUACAACUACUGUAUAUACCACGACAUGGACUAGAACUAAUUCCUAUGAAUCCAAAGUGACUGAAUCAGGUGUAGUUUCUGAAGACGGAAUAUCAACAGUCACUCUCACAACUUUUCCACCUCCAUUUACCACUAUGUACACAACGACAUGGACCAAGACUAACGAGGAUGGCUCGGAAGAGACAGACUCUGGUAUUGUUACGCAGUCGGAUGAGUCUCUUUCUACUGUGACUACGUUCCCACGUCCACAUACGACUAUGUACACAACGACAUGGACCAAGACUAACGAGGAUGGCUCGGAAGAGACAGACUCAGGUAUUGUUACGCAGUCGGAUGAGUCUCUUUCUACUGUGACUACGUUCCCACGUCCACAUACGACUAUGUACACAACUACAUGGACCAAGACUAACGAGGAUGGCUCGGAAGAGACAGACUCAGGUAUUGUUACGCAGUCGGAUGAGUCUCUUUCUACUGUGACUACGUUCCCACGUCCACAUACGACUAUGUACACAACGACAUGGACCAAGACUAACGAGGAUGGCUCGGAAGAGACAGACUCAGGUAUUGUUACACAAUCAGAUGAGUCUCUUUCUACUGUGACUACGUUCCCACGUCCACAUACGACUAUGUACACAACUACAUGGACCAAGACUAACGAGGAUGGCUCGGAAGAGACAGACUCAGGUAUUGUUACGCAGUCGGAUGAGUCUCUUUCCACUGUGACUACGUUCCCACGUCCACAUACGACUAUGUACACAACAACAUGGACCAAGACUAACGAGGAUGGUUCUGAAGAGACAGACUCAGGUAUUGUUACGCAGUCGGAUGAGUCUCUUUCUACUGUGACUACAUUCCCACGUCCACAUACGACUAUGUACACAACUACAUGGACCAAGACUAACGAGGAUGGCUCGGAAGAGACAGACUCAGGUAUUGUUACACAAUCAGAUGAGUCUCUUUCUACUGUGACUACGUUCCCACGUCCACAUACGACUAUGUACACAACUACAUGGACCAAGACUAACGAGGAUGGCUCGGAAGAGACAGACUCAGGUAUUGUUACACAAUCAGACGAGUCUCUUUCCACUGUGACUACGUUCCCACGUCCACAUACGACUAUGUACACAACGACAUGGACCAAGACUAACGAGGAUGGCUCGGAAGAGACAGACUCUGGUAUUGUUACACAAUCAGACGAGUCUCUUUCUACUGUGACUACGUUCCCACGUCCACAUACGACUAUGUACACAACGACAUGGACCAAGACUAACGAGGAUGGCUCGGAAGAGACAGACUCAGGUAUUGUUACACAAUCAGACGAGUCUCUUUCUACUGUGACUACGUUCCCACGUCCACAUACGACUAUGUACACAACGACAUGGACCAAGACUAACGAGGAUGGCUCGGAAGAGACAGACUCAGGUAUUGUUACGCAGUCGGAUGAGUCUCUUUCUACUGUGACUACGUUCCCACGUCCACAUACGACUAUGUACACAACGACAUGGACCAAGACUAACGAGGAUGGCUCGGAAGAGACAGACUCAGGUAUUGUUACGCAGUCAGAUGAGGACCUCAAGACAAUCACCACAUUCCCACGUCCACAUACGACUAUGUACACAACGACAUGGACCAAGACUAACGAGGAUGGCUCGGAAGAGACAGACUCAGGUAUUGUUACACAGUCAGAUGAGUCUCUUUCCACUGUGACUACGUUCCCACGUCCACAUACGACUAUGUACACAACGACAUGGACCAAGACUAACGAGGAUGGCUCGGAAGAGACAGACUCAGGUAUUGUUACACAGUCAGAUGAGUCUCUUUCCACUGUGACUACGUUCCCACGUCCACAUACGACUAUGUACACAACGACAUGGACCAAGACUAACGAGGAUGGCUCGGAAGAGACAGACUCAGGUAUUGUUACGCAGUCGGAUGAGUCUCUUUCUACUGUGACUACGUUCCCACGUCCACAUACGACUAUGUACACAACUACAUGGACCAAGACUAACGAGGAUGGCUCGGAAGAGACAGACUCAGGUAUUGUUACGCAGUCGGAUGAGUCUCUUUCUACUGUGACUACGUUCCCACGUCCACAUACGACUAUGUACACAACUACAUGGACCAAGACUAACGAGGAUGGCUCGGAAGAGACAGACUCAGGUAUUGUUACACAGUCAGAUGAGUCUCUUUCCACUGUGACUACGUUCCCACGUCCACAUACGACUAUGUACACAACUACAUGGACCAAGACUAACGAGGAUGGUUCGGAAGAGACAGACUCAGGUAUUGUUACGCAGUCGGAUGAGUCUCUUUCUACUGUGACUACGUUCCCACGUCCACAUACGACUAUGUACACAACGACAUGGACCAAGACUAACGAGGAUGGCUCGGAAGAGACAGACUCAGGUAUUGUUACGCAGUCGGAUGAGUCUCUUUCCACUGUGACUACGUUCCCACGUCCACAUACGACUAUGUACACAACUACAUGGACCAAGACUAACGAGGAUGGCUCGGAAGAGACAGACUCAGGUAUUGUUACACAGUCAGAUGAGUCUCUUUCCACUGUGACUACGUUCCCACGUCCACAUACGACUAUGUACACAACUACAUGGACCAAGACUAACGAGGAUGGUUCGGAAGAGACAGACUCAGGUAUUGUUACGCAGUCGGAUGAGUCUCUUUCUACUGUGACUACGUUCCCACGUCCACAUACGACUAUGUACACAACGACAUGGACCAAGACUAACGAGGAUGGCUCGGAAGAGACAGACUCAGGUAUUGUUACGCAGUCGGAUGAGUCUCUUUCCACUGUGACUACGUUCCCACGUCCACAUACGACUAUGUACACAACUACAUGGACCAAGACUAACGAGGAUGGCUCGGAAGAGACAGACUCAGGUAUUGUUACGCAAUCAGAUGAGUCUCUUUCCACUGUGACUACAUUCCCACGUCCACAUACGACUAUGUACACAACGACAUGGACCAAGACUAACGAGGAUGGCUCGGAAGAGACAGACUCUGGUAUUGUUACGCAGUCAGAUGAGGACCUCAAGACAAUCACCACAUUCCCACGUCCACAUACGACUAUGUACACAACGACAUGGACCAAGACUAACGAGGAUGGUUCUGAAGAGACAGACUCUGGUAUUGUUACACAAUCAGAUGAGUCUCUUUCUACUGUGACUACAUUCCCACGUCCACAUACGACUAUGUACACAACGACAUGGACCAAGACUAACGAGGAUGGCUCGGAAGAGACAGACUCUGGUAUUGUUACACAAUCAGAUGAGUCUCUUUCUACUGUGACUACAUUCCCACGUCCACAUACGACUAUGUACACAACUACAUGGACCAAGACUAACGAGGAUGGCUCGGAAGAGACAGACUCAGGUAUUGUUACACAAUCAGAUGAGUCUCUUUCUACUGUGACUACGUUCCCACGUCCACAUACGACUAUGUACACAACGACAUGGACCAAGACUAACGAGGAUGGUUCUGAAGAGACAGACUCAGGUAUUGUUACGCAGUCGGAUGAGUCUCUUUCUACUGUGACUACGUUCCCACGUCCACAUACGACUAUGUACACAACUACAUGGACCAAGACUAACGAGGAUGGCUCGGAAGAGACAGACUCAGGUAUUGUUACGCAGUCGGAUGAGUCUCUUUCUACUGUGACUACGUUCCCACGUCCACAUACGACUAUGUACACAACGACAUGGACCAAGACUAACGAGGAUGGCUCGGAAGAGACAGACUCAGGUAUUGUUACGCAGUCGGAUGAGUCUCUUUCUACUGUGACUACGUUCCCACGUCCACAUACGACUAUGUACACAACGACAUGGACCAAGACUAACGAGGAUGGUUCCGAAGAGACAGACUCAGGUAUUGUUACGCAGUCGGAUGAGUCUCUUUCUACUGUGACUACGUUCCCACGUCCACAUACGACUAUGUACACAACGACAUGGACCAAGACUAACGAGGAUGGCUCGGAAGAGACAGACUCUGGUAUUGUUACGCAGUCGGAUGAGUCUCUUUCCACUGUGACUACAUUCCCACGUCCACAUAAGACUAUGUACACAACGACAUGGACCAAGACUAACGAGGAUGGCUCGGAAGAGACAGACUCUGGUAUUGUUACGCAGUCGGAUGAGUCUCUUUCUACUGUGACUACGUUCCCACGUCCACAUACGACUAUGUACACAACUACAUGGACCAAGACUAACGAGGAUGGUUCUGAAGAGACAGACUCAGGUAUUGUUACGCAGUCGGAUGAGUCUCUUUCUACUGUGACUACGUUCCCACGUCCACAUACGACUAUGUACACAACGACAUGGACCAAGACUAACGAGGAUGGCUCGGAAGAGACAGACUCAGGUAUUGUUACGCAGUCGGAUGAGUCUCUUUCCACUGUGACUACGUUCCCACGUCCACAUACGACUAUGUACACAACUACAUGGACCAAGACUAACGAGGAUGGCUCGGAAGAGACAGACUCAGGUAUUGUUACGCAAUCAGAUGAGUCUCUUUCCACUGUGACUACAUUCCCACGUCCACAUACGACUAUGUACACAACGACAUGGACCAAGACUAACGAGGAUGGCUCGGAAGAGACAGACUCUGGUAUUGUUACGCAGUCAGAUGAGGACCUCAAGACAAUCACCACAUUCCCACGUCCACAUACGACUAUGUACACAACGACAUGGACCAAGACUAACGAGGAUGGCUCGGAAGAGACAGACUCAGGUAUUGUUACGCAGUCGGAUGAGUCUCUUUCUACUGUGACUACGUUCCCACGUCCACAUACGACUAUGUACACAACGACAUGGACCAAGACUAACGAGGAUGGCUCGGAAGAGACAGACUCAGGUAUUGUUACGCAGUCGGAUGAGUCUCUUUCCACUGUGACUACGUUCCCACGUCCACAUACGACUAUGUACACAACUACAUGGACCAAGACUAACGAGGAUGGCUCGGAAGAGACAGACUCUGGUAUUGUUACGCAGUCGGAUGAGUCUCUUUCCACUGUGACUACAUUCCCACGUCCACAUACGACUAUGUACACAACGACAUGGACCAAGACUAACGAGGAUGGCUCGGAAGAGACAGACUCAGGUAUUGUUACGCAGUCGGAUGAGUCUCUUUCUACUGUGACUACGUUCCCACGUCCACAUACGACUAUGUACACAACGACAUGGACCAAGACUAACGAGGAUGGUUCCGAAGAGACAGACUCAGGUAUUGUUACGCAGUCGGAUGAGUCUCUUUCUACUGUGACUACGUUCCCACGUCCACAUACGACUAUGUACACAACGACAUGGACCAAGACUAACGAGGAUGGCUCGGAAGAGACAGACUCUGGUAUUGUUACGCAGUCGGAUGAGUCUCUUUCCACUGUGACUACAUUCCCACGUCCACAUAAGACUAUGUACACAACGACAUGGACCAAGACUAACGAGGAUGGCUCGGAAGAGACAGACUCAGGUAUUGUUACGCAGUCGGAUGAGUCUCUUUCCACUGUGACUACGUUCCCACGUCCACAUACGACUAUGUACACAACUACAUGGACCAAGACUAACGAGGAUGGCUCGGAAGAGACAGACUCAGGUAUUGUUACGCAAUCAGAUGAGUCUCUUUCCACUGUGACUACAUUCCCACGUCCACAUACGACUAUGUACACAACGACAUGGACCAAGACUAACGAGGAUGGCUCGGAAGAGACAGACUCUGGUAUUGUUACGCAGUCAGAUGAGGACCUCAAGACAAUCACCACAUUCCCACGUCCACAUACGACUAUGUACACAACGACAUGGACCAAGACUAACGAGGAUGGCUCGGAAGAGACAGACUCUGGUAUUGUUACACAAUCAGAUGAGUCUCUUUCUACUGUGACUACAUUCCCACGUCCACAUACGACUAUGUACACAACUACAUGGACCAAGACUAACGAGGAUGGCUCGGAAGAGACAGACUCAGGUAUUGUUACACAAUCAGAUGAGUCUCUUUCUACUGUGACUACGUUCCCACGUCCACAUACGACUAUGUACACAACUACAUGGACCAAGACUAACGAGGAUGGCUCGGAAGAGACAGACUCAGGUAUUGUUACACAGUCAGAUGAGUCUCUUUCCACUGUGACUACGUUCCCACGUCCACAUACGACUAUGUACACAACAACAUGGACCAAGACUAACGAGGAUGGCUCGGAAGAGACAGACUCAGGUAUUGUUACGCAGUCGGAUGAGUCUCUUUCUACUGUGACUACGUUCCCACGUCCACAUACGACUAUGUACACAACUACAUGGACCAAGACUAACGAGGAUGGCUCGGAAGAGACAGACUCAGGUAUUGUUACGCAGUCGGAUGAGUCUCUUUCUACUGUGACUACGUUCCCACGUCCACAUACGACUAUGUACACAACGACAUGGACCAAGACUAACGAGGAUGGCUCGGAAGAGACAGACUCAGGUAUUGUUACACAAUCAGACGAGUCUCUUUCUACUGUGACUACGUUCCCACGUCCACAUACGACUAUGUACACAACGACAUGGACCAAGACUAACGAGGAUGGCUCGGAAGAGACAGACUCAGGUAUUGUUACGCAGUCGGAUGAGUCUCUUUCUACUGUGACUACGUUCCCACGUCCACAUACGACUAUGUACACAACGACAUGGACCAAGACUAACGAGGAUGGCUCGGAAGAGACAGACUCUGGUAUUGUUACGCAGUCAGAUGAGGACCUCAAGACAAUCACCACAUUCCCACGUCCACAUACGACUAUGUACACAACGACAUGGACCAAGACUAACGAGGAUGGCUCGGAAGAGACAGACUCUGGUAUUGUUAUGCAGUCAGAUGAGGACCUCAAGACAAUCACCACAUUCCCACGUCCACAUACGACUAUGUACACAACGACAUGGACCAAGACUAACGAGGAUGGCUCGGAAGAGACAGACUCUGGUAUUGUUACACAGUCAGAUGAGUCUCUUUCUACUGUGACUACGUUCCCACGUCCACAUACGACUAUGUACACAACGACAUGGACCAAGACUAACGAGGAUGGCUCGGAAGAGACAGACUCAGGUAUUGUUACACAAUCAGACGAGUCUCUUUCUACUGUGACUACGUUCCCACGUCCACAUACGACUAUGUACACAACGACAUGGACCAAGACUAACGAGGAUGGCUCGGAAGAGACAGACUCUGGUAUUGUUACACAAUCAGAUGAGUCUCUUUCCACUGUGACUACGUUCCCACGUCCACAUACGACUAUGUACACAACGACAUGGACCAAGACUAACGAGGAUGGCUCGGAAGAGACAGACUCAGGUAUUGUUACACAGUCAGAUGAGUCUCUUUCCACUGUGACUACGUUCCCACGUCCACAUACGACUAUGUACACAACAACAUGGACCAAGACUAACGAGGAUGGCUCGGAAGAGACAGACUCAGGUAUUGUUACGCAGUCGGAUGAGUCUCUUUCUACUGUGACUACGUUCCCACGUCCACAUACGACUAUGUACACAACUACAUGGACCAAGACUAACGAGGAUGGCUCGGAAGAGACAGACUCAGGUAUUGUUACGCAGUCGGAUGAGUCUCUUUCUACUGUGACUACGUUCCCACGUCCACAUACGACUAUGUACACAACGACAUGGACCAAGACUAACGAGGAUGGCUCGGAAGAGACAGACUCAGGUAUUGUUACACAGUCAGAUGAGUCUCUUUCCACUGUGACUACGUUCCCACGUCCACAUACGACUAUGUACACAACGACAUGGACCAAGACUAACGAGGAUGGCUCGGAAGAGACAGACUCAGGUAUUGUUACACAAUCAGACGAGUCUCUUUCUACUGUGACUACGUUCCCACGUCCACAUACGACUAUGUACACAACGACAUGGACCAAGACUAACGAGGAUGGCUCGGAAGAGACAGACUCAGGUAUUGUUACGCAGUCGGAUGAGUCUCUUUCUACUGUGACUACGUUCCCACGUCCACAUACGACUAUGUACACAACGACAUGGACCAAGACUAACGAGGAUGGCUCGGAAGAGACAGACUCUGGUAUUGUUACGCAGUCAGAUGAGGACCUCAAGACAAUCACCACAUUCCCACGUCCACAUACGACUAUGUACACAACGACAUGGACCAAGACUAACGAGGAUGGUUCCGAAGAGACAGACUCUGGUAUUGUUACACAGUCAGAUGAGUCUCUUUCCACUGUGACUACGUUUCCCCGUAAUGAAAAUUUAAGUAGCUACUCAGUUUUGUAUUCUAUCGAAUCCUCAAUUGUAGAUUCGAUUGAGUAUUCAAGCGAGUUUUUGACAGAGGAAACCAACGACAGUUCAAGCGAAGAUUUGACCCAAGCGUCCACCGAUAGCUCGAUUGACGAUACAAUAGAAAGUUCGAUUGAGGAUUUUACUGAAGAGACAAUCGAAAGUACAAUUGAAGACUCUACUGAGGAGCCGACUGAAAGUACAAUUGAAGAUUUUACUGAAGAGACAACCGAAUGCACGACCGAAGACACGACCGAAGACACAGCAGAAAGUACGACCGAAGAUUUUACGGAAGAGCCGACUGAAAGUUCGAUUGAGGAUUUUACUGAAGAGACAAUCGAAAGUACAAUUGAAGACUCUACUGAGGAGCCGACUGAAAGUACAAUUGAAGAUUUUACUGAAGAGACAACCAAAUUCACGACCGAAGGCACAGCAGAAAGUACGACCGAAGAUUUUACGGAAGAGCCGACUGAAAGUACGAUUGAGGAUUUUACUGAAGAGACAAUCGAAAGUACAAUUGAAGACUCUACUGAGGAGCCGACUGAAAGUACAAUUGAAGAUUUUACUGAAGAGACAAUCGAAUGCACGACCGAAGGCACAGCAGAAAGUACGACCGAAGAUUUUACGGAAGAGCCUACUGAAAGUACGAUUGAAGACUCUACUGAGGAGCUGACUGAAAGUACGAUUGAGGAUUUUACUGAAGAGACAAUCGAAUGCACGAAAGAGGACACAGCAGAAAGUACGACCGAAGAUUUUACGGAAGAGCCUACUGAAAGUACGAUUGAAGACAAGACGGUAAGUACGUCAGGGGAGUCAACUGAGUGUGCAACAGAGGAUACGGUGAAAACGAAGACAGAGUAUUCGACUGAAUAUACUACGGAAUGUACGAUAGAGAAGACAUUAAAGGUUACGACGAGGGUUUACACGGUCACGUGGACCAAGACCAAUGAGGAUGGAUCUGAGGAGACAGACUCCGGUAUAGUGACACAAUCCAACGAGCUUUUAUCGACUAUUUCGACAUUCCCACGUCCCACGAUCAUUACUACUGAAUUUACCAAAACAUGGACGAGAACUAAUGAUGAUUUUAUUGUUGUUACAGAAUCAGGUAUUGUCACUCAAUCAGGAGAUUCGUUGAAAACCAUGACCACAUUUGAGCCUUCGAGAAAAGCCAAGACAACAAUUUACACUACGGUUUGUGUCACUACGGAUGAGCACGGUGUUACUAUAACGAAGUCUGGAGUUGUUUUACAGUCCGAUGAUGACGUGAAGACUAUGACAAAGCAGCGUUCUUCGAACGCCCCACCAAAGAGUUAUUUGAGUAGUAGCACACGUGGAGGUUCCACUAUCCCAAAUAUUACUUCUGAGUAUGCUGGUUUAUCAUCGAAACAACUUCCAUCGCUAUUAGCAGUCGUAUUUGCUAUACUGGCAAUAUUCAUUUAG